CCUGGAACAAACAUAAAACAAUGAUUGGGCGGUUUAGCCGAGUACCAGCUACAAACAAGACACGACAUGCAUCAACGUUGACCUUGAACGAUUAAAUCUGAAUAAACGAAAAAUUGAGAUUCCUGCCAACAAAAUCACAGCAAGCUAAGACGCAAACUUAUCCAAAAUAAAUAGAAGAUAAAUGCAUCGAGGCCUACAUACUCCACUCGCAUAAUAAUGAACUACGUCUAAAUGCAGUGGAGAAAGCAUAGUAUCUAAGAUUCAUCAGCAUGGCUUCUGGGUGCCUUUAUGCCAUUCUUGGAACGGCACCAGAAGCCUCUCACCAAGAGCUGAAGUCUUGCUACCAAAAAGCGAUACUGCAGUGCCAUCCUGACAAGCUGCCACAGACCUGCAGCGAAGCAGAGCAGGCAGCAGCUAUGCAGCGAUUCCACCUGGUAGAUACGGCAUGGAGAACACUCAGUGAUGAUGCCAGCAGGAGGGAAUAUGAUGCAAGACAGAAAGAGAAUAUGAGGAAGCCACUACCAUUGAAUGAGAAGGUGCAUCUAGAUGACAUGGACUGGCAAGAAGAUGAGGAGAUGUACACCUACAGCUGUCGAUGCGGUGGUGAAUAUGUCAUGACAGAUAGUGACAUUGAGCAGAACAUAUUGAUCAUAAGUUGCAAUACUUGCACACUGAGCAUUGAGUUGGUGAUGGAGGACACUCUGAAAUCAGGAAGAACUUUUUUGCAAACGGAUGAUGUACACAUAACACCCUAG